ACCAAGAUUGUCACAAAUAAAACCCAGUAGUUAUCUAUCGUCAUGAAUUCAUCAUCAACACAGAAGAUACAGAAGCCAUGAAUUAACGAACAUCUAUAACAUUUUUGAUUGUGUAUGGCUGGAAAAGACGACUCCACAACGUAGUAGUACAAAAAUGGAAGAGUUUACCUAAUCCGGAAAAAGACGGUCCACUCCUGAAGAAUCCCCUGGCUUUUGUUUUUUUCAAUCUUUCUGCAAAUUGCGAUCAUGUCAGACCGCCCAAAAUGUCAACGUCAAAUCCCAACAACGGCAGCAGAGGAGCCAUUUCUCGGAACCUCCCAAGGUGGCUUCUUUCCAUCUUCAUCUGAACUAUUAACCUCAAAACAAAUACAAAACCGCCACGCCGGCUUCCCCUGUUCCUGUUGCUCAGAACUAAAUUUAUCUUCAAUAAAGUAACACUUUUUUUUUGAUACAAAAGUAACACUUUCGAUCAUACUAAACGCAAAAUCCACUUUAAAAUUACCACGAUAACCGCUUCAUUGUUCCCUUCCAAAUUUUCCAUGAACAUCUCUAACCAAAAUUUUCCAUGAAGCCCACGAUUUUGUUCAUCGGAUUAAUCGUUUUACUGACUCAAUUAUCUAGCAUCUCCGGUGGUGGUAUUGCCGGCCGAUUGAAUUCUAACCCAUCCCGUGUCCUCCUCCAAAGCAGCGGCAACGUUUCUUCCCCCUGCCCGCUUGACUUUGACGUCCUCCGCCGGCUUGUUACCGGCUCAAAGCCGCCGAACUUGGACACCACCACUCAGUGCCAGUACAUCCGGCAAGGUCUCCGGCUCGUCCUCUCCGACUACCUCAAGCGGACUAACUUGUUUCUGCCGCCGAUCGACUCUGCCGAGUCGUGUUGGCGAUCUUACGAGUCCUUAGUCGAUGAAUUCAUCCCCAAUUUCGACAUCCGGCGAUCUUGCGGUUUUCAGACGGGUUGGAUUUCACAAGGGUGUGGGAACAUCACCACCCGGUCGGAGUUCGAGUCCACCGUCAGUCAAUCAGCCUUAAACGACGUCGUGGCAAACUGCAACCAGUCGCUCCAGAACGGCUCUCCUUGUGCCGCGUGUACAACCAGCCUCUCAACCCUCAUUUCUUCCUACCUCAGUAAUGGGUCCCGCUCCGCCGGAAACCUCACCGACUGCGCCGAUUACGGCUCCAUCUACGCCGCUGCUUUCGCCAAUCAUCUGGGUCCCACCGAUCAAGGUACGUUGAAAUGCUUGUUCUCUUUGGAUUUCACCAAUUCCGGUUCGAAAAAGAACCGGAAUAAGAUCAUCAUAAUCAGCGUGGUUGUCACGGUUUCGGUUAUCUUAGUUGCCCUGCUGCUUAUCUUUUCGUGGGUUUGGUUUUAUCACCGGAGAAAGGAGGACACUUUACUUAAGAAAUGGAAAUUGAGCCGGGUCAAUUCGACUUCCCUGGGCCAAUCUUCCGGGUUGGAUUCAAUUAGCGGGAGUACUAAUUUAGUUAGGUUCACAUUAGAAGAAAUCAGAUCAGUCACCCAGAAUUUUUCCAGGGAAAACAUAAUUGGGCGGGGCGGGUACGGAAAUGUGUACAAAGGCCAGUUGCCUGAUGGCUCUGAAGUGGCGUUGAAGAGGUUUAAGAACUGUUCGGCUGCCGGAGACACUGUUUUCACGCACGAAGUUGAAGUCAUUGCCAGUGUUCGCCACGUUAAUCUGGUGACUUUACGAGGAUAUUGUGUUGCCACCACCCCGUUUGAAGGUCACCAGAGGAUUAUAGUUUGUGAUCUGAUUAAAAAUGGUAGUCUCCAUGACCAUUUGUUUGGGAUGUUUGAUCGUAAACUCAGCUGGCCUAUUCGUCAGAAGAUUGCUUUGGGUACAGCUAGAGGGUUAGCCUACUUGCAUCACGGCGUGCAGCCGGGUAUAAUUCACAGGGAUAUUAAAGCAAGUAAUAUACUUUUAGAUGAAAAUUUUGAGCCUAAAGUAGCUGAUUUUGGGUUGGCUAAGUUCACUCCUGAAGGACUGUCUCAUAUGACCACUAGGGUUGCCGGGACGAUGGGAUAUGUCGCGCCAGAGUACGCGUUAUAUGGACAGCUGACUGAAAGGAGUGAUGUCUACAGCUUUGGAGUUGUAAUGUUGGAGCUUCUGAGUGGAAAGAAAGCAAUAAUGGCAAUGAAUGAUGAUGGCAACCAGCAACCUCUGGUUGUGGCUGAAUGGGCUUGGUCAUUGGUUAGGAAUGGCAGAGCCCUGGAUGUUAUUGAAGAGGGUAUGCCUGAAUUAGGUCCUCCAGAAAUCAUGGAAAAAUAUGUGUUGAUUGCUGUGCUUUGUUCACAUCCUCAACUGUAUGCUCGGCCUACAAUGGAUCAAAUUGUCAAAAUGUUGGAGGUUGAUCAGGGGAUGAUGAUACCUGUACCAGCAAUACCGGAUCGACCGAUACCAAUCACUGCAAAAUUGGAUGAUAUUCAAAAAUCUGCAAGCAGCAGUGGCUCUGGUCAUCUAUCCAGUGCAUCUGGCUACCAAGCCUACACAUUGAGAAAGGAAUUUUCGGAUCAUCAUACGCCUAAAGAAGGCGAAGGUGAAGCCUCUUAUAACUGAUGAAUUCUUUUCUUUGUUAGACUUACAGAAUUAUUUGAGGUAGACAUAAUUGUUUGAUUCUGGACAAAGCAGAAUCAUCAUCAAACCAGUGUGAACCAGAUAGGAGUAGAAAAUUUGAGUCUUGUAGAAAGAAACCAUGUAAAUAUUCUGAAAGAUUUGUAUUAGAUCAGGAUAUUCCUUCACAUUGAUCAUUAUGCAGUAUUAUGAAGAUUUUGGAGUUGGGAAUUAGGAAGAGCCUUACAACUAACAAUUAGAUCUUUCAUUCUUUCCAUUCCAUCAGGCUUUCAAAAUGAUGCUCGUGACUCUGUAUGUAGUGUGCAUUAGUACUCUUUCUGUCCCAAAAUUAUUGUUCAGUUUGAAAUUUCACUUUUAGUACAAUUUGAACUAGAAAUAAAAAUCCAAACUGGACGGAGGGAGUAGAUUAUUAUUCAAACUUGUAAAAAUGAUUGGAAAUCCAAGAGAUGCUCAGAGGUCCAGGCCACCAAAAUUUACAUAAGACCCAAAUGUAAAACAAUUGGGGACUAUAUAUAGUUUUAUAUUUC